AUGAGGAGUAGAAAGUACAGGUUGGGGUGCAAACAGACUCUAAAGAUGGUCAGACAAGGCAAAGUGAAACUGGUCAUCCUUGCGAACAGCUGUCCAACCCUGAGGAAAUCUGAAAUAGAGUACUGUGCCAUGUUGGUCAAGACAGGUGGUCAUCACUACAAUGGCAAUAAUACUGUAUUGGGUACAGUGUGUGGAAAAUACUACAGAGUAUGCACACUAGCUAUCAUUGAUCCAGGUGAUUCUGAUAUCAUUAGAGGCAUGUGA